AUAUUUUUCGUUAAUAAAAAACCCGGCUGAGAUACAACACAACUUAUGCCUGCGGUUCAGAGUCUUCCGUUGAGUAGAUCACUGGAUCUGGCUAUCCGGUACUGGUACUAGGAACAUCUUCACAAUAGAACCUCCUGAAAAUGUUGCGGAACAGGAAAGAAAUGCCGGGGUUGACCAGUGUUAGCAUCAUUAACAUGAUAUUCAUUGGCAUUUCACUGACACGUUCCAUCUCGUGUGAGGCAUCCAAUAUACUGGUAAACCCCCUCAUUGGCAAAGGUAGUCAUUUCUACCUCUCAGCUGCCAUUGGAGAACAACUCCUUACCCGGGGUCAUAACCUAACCUAUCUCGUCAGUAAUGCAUUCGAAGACCAUGUCAGGCAGAGUUGUUUUGGUGAGAUGUUCCACUAUGAAGUAUUUAAGCAUACAAUCCCCGUUGAGGACAUUCACCAGCUCUUUUAUAAUCUGAGCAGAUCAAUUUCUUCAAGAGGUCCAGGCAAUGAGUACAUGGUGAGUCGGAUAUUGUUUCAGACACAACAAAAUGACUGCAAUGCCAUAAUUGAAGACGAAAUCCUCAUGACCCGUCUUCGAUCUGCCGACUUCUCGUCACUAUUGUUCGACUCAACCUGGGUUUGCGGCGCAAUAAUCGCAGAGGUUCUCAAUCUUCCAUACUUUGCAGUCGUUCCCUAUCCCAGUCCUUGCUUCCACACAGCAAGUGAAGGUUCAGGCUUCAAUCCAGCCAUAGUACCGUCAAUAAUGACAGGUUUCUCCAGUGUCAUGUCUUUCAAAGAGCGCUUAUUCAACUCAUUGUCUUUCUUAAUUUACCAUAACUUGGGUAUACAAGUAACAUUAAAGCCUUACAGAACCCUAUGUGCCAAAUAUGGUUUACCCGACCCAUAUGAACUUAUAAAGAGGACAAAGAUGUGGUUUGUGAACAGCGAUUUUGUAGGAGAAUAUCCUUGUGCAUUACCACCUAAUGUCAUCCCAGUCGGUGGUCUUACAGCGAAGGAUCCUGAACAACUCCCAUCAGACAUAGAGUCCUUUAUCCAAGGGUCAGAAGAAGACGGUAUCAUCAUCUGUUCAUUUGGCUCAAUCCUGAUCCUUGACGAAUCAAACAUGGCACUUAUGAAGAUGUUUGUGGAUGCCUUCGCUAGGUUACCUCAAAGAAUCAUCUGGCUCUUGAAGACAUCUCCAUCCUUUCCAAUCCCGUCAAGUAUUAAGAUUGUCCCAUGGUUGUCUCAGAAUGAUAUCCUUGGACACCCUCAGACAAAAGCUAUUUUCUUUCACGGUGGUCACAACAGCUACUAUGAAGCUCUCUAUCAUGGUGUUCCUGCAGUCGUCAUGCCUAUCCUCGCAGACCAACAUGAUGUGUCAAGUAGAAUCGUAAACUUUGGAUUGGGACUCAAGUUGAAUAAAGACAUUAUAACAUCAGAUUUUAUCUACGAGGCACUACAUGAAGUGACUUCUAACAGCGCCUACUAUCAAACGGCCAAAAUGAUGUCGGCAAAUUUUCGGAAUCGGCCAAUGAAGCCUGCUGAACGGGCAGCAUUUUGGAUUGACCAUGCUAUCAAACAUGGUACUGACAAUCUUAAGUUAACUGGAGACUCUUUGAACAUUUUCCAAUACUACCUCCUCGACGUUAUAGUUUUUAUAUUUAUCUUAAUAUUUUUGUCUUUUUACUUUGCAAUCAAAUGCAUUAAGAUGACUUUUAGUAAAUUAUAUUGUUUUGUACAUAUUCCGACAAAGAAGAAAACUGAAUGAAGAACUAUCACGUUAAUUAAUGUUUACAGAUAUUCAACACUUCUAGAAUAUUAUUACAAGCCUCCUUUGUAUAUUUUGGUUCAUCAUCAUCAUCUGCUGUAAUCUUCAAAGGGCUCUGCAGCCUAUCUCGAAGAUGAAUGGAUAUGUCACAAUAAUGAAAUGUAAAAUAGCCUUAAAAACGGACAUACUGAAGCUUUUCGACAUGCACUCAUUGGAGUAAAAUCGCAUGAAUGACUAAAACACGAUAGAGCAAAACAAUACAUAACAGAACCGAAACCAGAUAAUGGACGCUAAAAUGGCGAGCCGUGAUUGCAUGCUGUCAAGUUAGGUACAAGUUACGCUUGGUAUAUUGAAAUGUGUAAAAUGCGCAAUAUAUUAGAGUGUAAUCAGUUUGUCAUGGAUAAACGUUAAUUCUUUUUUAAAUGCCAACCUUAGAGGCAUAUUAAUUAUGAUGAAUAUCUAUUCAUAAAGUAAUAAUAUCUGUACGGAUAGAGCAUCACUAUAGCGUUCUGGCAAAUACAUGACUCUUUGGUUGAAAAUUUUUCAUGUUCACAUGAAAACCAAAAGAAAUAUUCGACGUCACGGACGUACGAGAUAGAAAUUCUUGUUGAAGCACAAAUUUCCAGUUCUUCUUUAUUUUAAUAAAUACAAUUUUUUUUCCGACACUCGGCCUGCUGAUAAAUAGUGCAAAUAAUUAUCCAUGUCAGCACUUUCUAGGAAACAUAAUAAUAAUGAAGUUUGAAUAUGAGAAACCACGAUUGAGUUUCUAUUAUGGACUGACAGAAUGAGCAUGUUAGGGUGACAACAGCUUGUAAAAGGUGAUGGGGCAAUAAAAAGAGCGACAUAACAA